AUGGCUUGCUCGAGUCGCCCGGACGUCAGCAGCCUGGCCGUCACAAUCAACGACAUCCCGCACAUCUUCGGAGCCCCGGCUGCUGGCGACGAUGAAGACGAGGCAGCUUCUCCCAUGGACGCAGAAGAUACAUCUACUCGAUCUGACGCCCAGGCACGCCCACAUCUCUUGCCACCUCUGAAGCUGAGGCCCGAGGCCGCACGCAGUUCCACCGACCCCUCGUCCGCUGCCUUGCAAGGAUACACAUCUAGACCGACGAGCGGCCAGCGGAACAGAUCACCAUUCUCACGGAGUCACUUGCGGUCACGCUCGAGUGGCGCGGCACUUAGUGCCCCCGUGAUGACCAGAGCGCAUUCGAGUCCGUCAAUAUACACUCCCACAACCCGUACUUUCGAGCUUUCCACGCCUCCCGCGCUCUCUCUGCCACCCGGAAGUUCCAUGAAGACUUCCGCACGUCAGCGCUCGCCGUUCAGGCAACAGGAAGAGCUUGGGGCCUACAACCCUCCAUCGCGGUCUCCGAGCUGGUUUGAACCGACAAGUGGCACUGCCAUACAGUCGAUUCAAGAAGACAGCGAGCUCGAUAUAACGCCAAGACAGCAGCUACCUCCGCCAGCAUCUACGCUGGCAUCAUUCUCGCGAUCGUCUUCUCUUCGCAGACGGCCCGCUUCGCCAUUACAUUCUUCGACUGCAGCCGGUCCCCCGUCGUCCUUCCCAUCCGUCCUCGUCGAGCAGAACACCCUGAUCAACGCGGCUUCCGGAUCUAACUCGCCUUCUUUGGCGCCGCAACGAUACAACGAAACGCAUCCAUCACUACACCACUACGCGAGCAGUUCUUCAUUCAGCAGCAUACCAUCGACGCCAACCUCACAACGAUCCCGUUCACCAUCGAUCAGUUCCCUGGACACUAUUGAGGAUGCGCCAGAUCUUGAGAGUGAGGCUGUCGAAACAGAACGGAUCGAGAGACUGAAGCUGGCUGCCGAGAGGCAGGAACGAGCUGAGCGUGGUGAAGAUAUGGAUGACGAGCCCAGGCGAAGGAGCAGCCUCGAUAUGCCGCGUGGGUUUGGCUUCGGAAGGGGCAGCAGUCGCGAGAGGAAGCGGUGGUCGGUCUGUGGAGGUGAGCGAAGGGGCGACUUGGACCUGGAGACUAUCUAUGAAGAUUGA